AUGUCGGGUGAGGUGACAACGGAGGGGCAGGAGUUUGGAGCAGGGGUACCUGGGGCAGAGGCUGGCCAGAGUGCGCGCUACGCUUCAAACCCACCGAAGAGCGACCACAGCACCGCAUUCGACAUUGCCCCUGGGGCUGAUAUUAGCCACGGACAUGAUCGUGGCGUUCUGGACCAAGAAGCCCCAGUCCACGAGAUAGGUCUCAUUCCCAUUUCAUCCGGAGUUAACAAGUACGUGGGACCUUCUAGCGGCUUCGGGGUUGCGAAGCUGGUGUUCGCAAAGGCCAAAGUCGCCGAGAGUGCGGACGCUCAAAGAAGCACGAACAGUGCCGAGACACACUGGGCAACCAAAUCCCAAUCGACAUUCGCUGUUGUUCCAACUGCCAUUCCACAGAGAGUCGAGGAAGCUCUGCAGCUUUCCAAAACCUUUUUCGAGCAUGUCCAUUACCAGCACCCAUUUCUCCACCAGCCAAGCCACGUACGGUUGGUGCACAAUUUGUACAGCGGUCACAGUCAGUCUGCGAUUGACUCGUUCCAGGUUACCAUGGUGCUCGCCAUCUCUGCCGUCAUUCUUUCGAGGAGACUCCGGAUACCGUACUCUGGCGAGGGUUUGUGCGCCACAGCCAUGCAGCAGAUAGACGAGAUUGACUUCCAGAAUUCUCUACAGGGAGUCGAAUGCCUGCUUCUCGUGCAGAUCUUUGCUUCUUACAGCCCAUUCCUCGGUGUCAAUCCUUGGUAUCUGAAUUACCAGUGCCUGGCGGCUGUGCUAGAUCUUGGACUUCAGCGAGACCUCCCCACAAGCAGUUCGUGUUCUGCCUUUGAAAGAGAGAUGCGGACCAGGACGUUUUGGACCAUCUACUCGCUUGACAGGAUCAUGGCCACCAAGCUUGGACGUCCAAUCGGGCUCAGAGACGAAGCUUGCGAGCUCCGAAUGCCGGCGGAACUCGAGGACAAUGACCUGCAUGAAGGUCGACAGACUGCGACCCUACAGACAAGUUCGUCCCCGGGUGCAAUGGCCUGCGCUCGAGUGCUGUUCAAGCUAGCAUUGCUGAACUCUGAGAUCAAGUAUAUCAUGCACAGCAUCAGUAGAGAUGUGCCAAGGUACACCUAUCCGCAGGUCCCAGACAUCGGAGCGUGGCAAAGCGACGUCUACAACCGUCUCCGGGCACUUCAUGCGGAGAUGCCUGUCCUUGAAGCAGACGACGCCCAUAUGUCGACCAACUGCGACAUCAGAUAUCACGAGAUUGCCAUGCUCCUUUUUCGGCCUUCACCACGUUUCCGCAAGCCGUCGAGAGACGCCCUCCUCCAAUGCCAGCAGAGUGCCGAGACGCAGAUUGGGCUGUUCAAACGCCUCUACGAUGCCGAUAGACUGCCGUUUUCGUGGUUCGACAUCCAUUCCAUCUGCCUGAGCGCGACCACACUCUUGUACUGCGUCUGGUCCGAACCCGCUAUAGCCGCCGCGACGAGGAUCGAUGGGCUUAUAGAUAGCACGCGGGCGGCAUCUAAUAUAUUGAGCGCCGCAGGGGAGCACUGGACGGAAGCUCGCCGGAGUCGCGACAAUCUCGAGGCGCUCUCGUCGGCCACCGUGCGUUGGCUUUUGGACCUGCAUACCAAGUCGAGGCCCUUGAAUGGCAUGAGCCAGCUGCAGCAGCCAUCCGGAGCGUCUAAUCCGAAACAGAACAGGUCUGGAAUAGCAGAAUACUCGCAGCUGCCGGACCUGGGCAACGCUACUUUCGACUGGGACCUUCCCGGAGUCGACACAUAUUUGAACAAUGACAACCUGGCCACGUUUGUUGGGGCUCCGGAUCCGUUCACAGCAGACUUCAACUUGACAAUCGACGGGAUGUUUAGCGAAUAUCAGCCAACGUUCGACUUCGGCAUUUAG